AUGGCAAUUGCGGAGACCUCAAAAUUAGCUGCAGGUGUUGGUGUUGUUCAGAAGGGAGGCGAGAAAAACGCUUUUACGACGGAGGCGAACGUCUCCACUACGAAUACGAUGGGAAAGAACGCCUCCACGCGUACCAGUACAACACCGCUACAACCAAAACCCACCCACGCACGGCUUAGACUCUGCACUGCUGGAAAAAUAGGCGAUGAAAGACCUGUAAUGACAGCAGCGCGACGUCUGUAUGAUCGUAUGGGUUUUCAGCCAACCGGCGAAGUUGAGCAUGAUCCAUGGGGUGGAAUGACACAAGAUUGAAUUCAUAUGGAGAAUGUAACGAUGAUGAAAAAGAAAAGCCCUACAGAAGACUGUUGCGGAUGAACAAAGACUUAUCAAUUGUCGCGCAUAUGAGUCAAGUCGUUCGCUUUCUUUACUCUUUGCGUGCAGAAGCUCCCAGGAUGCGAACAGCGUCAGCAGCCUAAUGAAAUCAAUCCAAAACAUCACGUGCAUGAGUCUAGUCAUUUACUGGCUUGCUCGAGUGUAUCGAUGAUGUGGAUCAUGCUCUCCAAUUCUACGACCGUAACAACAUGAUGCACCAAACCGAAACAUGACCAAAGUUGCUCUAGUUUUCUUGCCAAAUAGCUUGCAUCAACUACACGAUCUUGCCCGAGUGCAUUCAUAUCAGUCCUCUUCUGGCCUCCUCCCAUGAUGAUGAAAACGCCUACACCUAUGAGUUAAACAAAGACUCAUCUCCUGGCCCCCGUCUGUUGCAGAAUUGACGCGUGUC